GGGAGGGGGAGGGAGAGCCUUCCCACAUUCUCCGAAAUCUGGGGCAAAGCCGGGGAGGGAAAGACCCGGGGGAGAAGUCUCCGGAAGCCGCCUCUCGCCUUGCAGACUGCGGCGAUGCUGCCUCGUCGGCGCUGCGAGAAGAAGCCCCUUUGAAAGGCGAGGAGGCGGCGAGCCCGCUGGGCAUCAUCCGCAAACGGGGAGGCGAGCCCUCUUGCCUUGGCGGCGAUUGUUCCCUCGGGUCUCCGCGCCGCGAAGCCCUGCAUGGAGAGGGCGUGAGGAGGCGCGCAAGUGGCCCGGGGCUCGCUGGAUCCUGCCCCGCCAUGGAUGCCCGCAAGGCGAGCCUCCCGCGCUGGGGCUUGCACGGUCUGCUCUUUGCAACGGUGCUGCUCGCCUGCGGCGGGCAAGGCAGGAGCCGGGAGGACGGCGGCGCCGCCUGCUACGGGGGCUUCGACCUCUACUUCAUCCUGGACAAAUCAGGAAGUGUCUUGCACCACUGGAAUGAAAUCUACCAUUUUGUGGAACAUCUGGCCCACAAAUUUAUAAGCCCCCAGUUGAGGAUGUCCUUCAUUGUUUUCUCAACCAGAGGCUCAACUCUGAUGAGGCUCACUGAAGACAGGGAGCAGAUCCGUCAAGGCUUGGAGGAGCUCCAGAAAGUCCUGCCAGGAGGAGACACGUACAUGCACGAAGGCUUCGAGAGGGCAAGUGAGCAAAUUUACCAUGAAAAUGUUCAAGGUUUUAGGACGGCGAGUGUCAUCAUUGCACUGACAGACGGAGAACUUCAUGAGGACCUUUUCUUCUAUGCAGAAAGAGAGGCAAACCGAUCCCGUGACCUGGGGGCAACUGUGUACUGUGUUGGCGUGAAAGAUUUCAAUGAAACACAGCUGGCACGGAUCGCUGACAGCAAGGAUCACGUCUUCCCCGUGAAUGAUGGCUUCGAAGCUCUCCAGGGGAUCAUUGACUCAAUUUUGAAGAAAUCAUGCAUUGAAAUCUUGGCUGCGGAACCUUCUAGUAUAUGUGCAGGAGAGUCGUUCCAAGUGGUCGUGACGGGAAACGGCUUUCGCCACGCUCGCAAUGUCGACCGCGUCCUCUGCAGCUUCAGGAUCAACGAGACGGUCACGCUCAAUGAGAAACCAUUCAAGGUGGAGGACACCUACCUGCUCUGCCCUGCACCUGUGCUGCGAGAAGUUGGCAUGGAAGCUGCUCUCCAGGUCAGCAUGAACGAUGGGCUCAGCUUCAUCUCGAGCUCUGUCAUCAUAUCCAGCACACACUGUUCUGAUGGGACGAUCCUGGCCAUUGCUCUGCUGAUCCUUUUCCUUUUGCUGGCGCUGGCUCUGCUGUGGUGGUUCUGGCCUCUCUGCUGCACCGUGAUCAUUAAGGAGCCUCCCCCACCCCCCAUGGAAGACAGCGAGGAAGAAGACGACGAUGGGCUUCCCAAGAAAAAGUGGCCAACAGUAGACGCCUCCUAUUAUGGUGGGCGUGGCGUUGGCGGAAUUAAGCGGAUGGAGGUUCGCUGGGGGGAAAGGGGAUCCACUGAGGAAGGUGCAAAGCUGGAGAAGGCCAAGAACGCUCGGGUCAAGAUGCCAGAGCAAGAGUACGAAUUCCCAGAGCCCAGGAAUCUUGGAAACAACAUGCGGAGGUCGUCUUCCCCCCACAAGUGGUACUCUCCAAUUAAGGGAAAGCUGGAUGCCCUCUGGGUUUUGCUGCGGAAAGGUUACGACCGAGUGUCUGUGAUGCGACCACAACCGGGAGACAAGGGUCGCUGCAUUAAUUUCACCCGAGUGAAGACAUCACAGCCUCCCCCCAAGUACCCUCUCAACAACGCCUACCACCCCCCUCCCCCUGCCCCCAUCUACACCCCUCCACCACCCAGCUCCCCAGUGCCUCCUACCCCGUCUCCGCCCUCCACGCUCCCCCCUCUCCCUCCCCCUCCUCAUGCUCCUCCCCCAAAUCGGGCCCCUCCCCCUUCUCGUCCCCCUCCACGGCCCUCUGUCUAAACACCCUGCCCUCUCUCCCAGAAGCCUUUCUUAAGCCAUUUUCAACAGUACUGUAAAACCAUUCUUAACAUUCUGGGUGAAGAGACAAGCAAACCCCUUUCAAUACUUCUUCUUCUUCCUCCUCCUCCUCCUCCUCCUCCUCCUCCUCCUCCUCCUCCUCCUCCUCUUCUUCUUCUCAAAAAGUCCUCUAAUGCCCCAGUUGACUGGAAUGCUCAAAUCCCUGGCAUUCAGUUUGGAAGAAAUCUCUGCCAUUCAUCACUUUAAAAAGAGUAUGACUCUGACAACGAAAGCAAAACAGUCGCUGGACGCUGCCCACAGCCCUGUGUGUUCAGGAUACCACCAGCCACUGAUCUGAAAGCCAUCCUCUUCCUGUCAGGUUGAGUAGAUCAUCCGUCAGAGGUGAGUGGUGGGGAUCUCAGGAGGACAGCAUGGCUGUGGCCACAGAAAUCCUUGGAGCCCACGCCAGUAUUGCCACGUGGAAGGUAUUCCUGAGCAUGCCUGGAUUUGAUAUGUUGCUAGAAAGAAGGCAGUAGGUGCAAUUAACUCAAGUCUGAUGGUUUCAGAGGAAGAACAGAUGACUGGAAGCAAAGGAAACGUCAGCACUUUGCCCUUUGAAGAAUCAUAGAAUUGUAGAGUUGGAAGGGACCCCAAGGGUCAUACGGUCCGCACCCUGCAAUGGAAGUGGAGGAAGUGGCCUGAAAUGGAAUGUAUGGCUUUGUCAUGUUCUCAGCUGACAGGAGGAGUCCAGAGGAGUUGGGAUGCUGUGAUGAAGCAGAGCAAAUGCAGCCGCUGGGUGGAAAGGCGGCCUUGCCCAGGCAAGGGGCAGAAGUUCUGUGGCACAUGGCCGUGAGAUUUCCAAAAGGCAGCCCAAGGGCAGCCCAAAGUGGUUGAUUCCAUGGGAGAUCUGAAAACCACCAACAAUACACCUGACUGGCCCUGCAAGGACCCUUUUAGGAAGUGUGCUGGCAGUUUAAGUGAAUCCACUUCCUGUUGGCCGGCUUUGGAAAAACAACACACCUCAAUCAUGGGAAGGAGGAACAGAAGGAAAGGGAGUUUCACGCAAAUGUUUCCCCAGCGUGCAGAGAGGAGGUGAAACGACUUGAAUUGCCAUGGUUUUAAAAAGACUAGACAACUUUCCCCCUUUAGUAGCUACUUUCAAAUGGACUCGGAGAACCGUAUGUUGAUGCCAGUUCAAGGCGGCUCUUUUAGUGGAUUUGAUCAUGCUGAACUGGUCUCAAGUGGUGCCUAGACUGAGCGAGAGCUUGAUACAUUCUGGCUUAGCCACGUUAACUUGCCCUCUUGAUGUGUGUUCAGAGAGAACUUUGGAAAAGAGUGAGAUGGAUGCUGAUCUGAGAGGUGUGACUUGAGUUUCAUGUCCUCUGCUGACUCUGUAUUUGGCCAUGGGACGCCACUCUUGGCCUCAGAUGCAAUUGCAGACCCUUACAAAUUGGAAGUGGCCUGGGAAUUGGUUCCAUGGAUAUCACCUGAAAAAGUUCAUCAUGUAUUGACUUCAACACAGUGUGAGACUCUUUUCCUCCAGUACUUAUUUUACAAAACCUAUGUUGAUUUCAUUCCGUUUUGAAGGGGCAAUUCACACAGCCACCUCGUGCCUGCCUGCCUGCUCUUGGCAUUUCUGUACAGCUCACCUUCAUCACUGAUGCAAGGAGCCCUCCAUGCCUGCCUUUGACUGGGAAGGAGCCCCAUUUCAAUGGGAUCUGCACGCAGGAGGUCCAAGGCUGUUUCCAUCUCGAGGCGUUUGGAUUACAGGACAGAGCAAGGGCCCAGAGAGCAGCUGUGAGCCCAGAUAGAUGGUGCUAGGCUAGGUAAGCCAAUAGCCUGACUUGCUGUAAGACAAGUUACGUUGCGGCACCCGCAGGAAACUAGCCUUAGUUAGCGGGGGGUGCAGCACCUUGCUGGGGCAAUACCAAAAUGUGCAAUAACACUGAGACUCCCAGGAGAUGCACAGGCUGCAUCGUUGCUUUUUAUAAGUGGGAGCUGACUCAGUUUUCCAGUCCUGCAAAUGUAUGUAUUUUACCUGUAGUAAAAUGUCUGACAACCUGCCUUAGUAACACAGAUGUUAGAAGUAGAUAAAAUAAUUGCAUCAAUAAUGGCAAACUCAUGCAGCACCGUGCGAUCAUUAGGAUCAGUUUCCCCCAAGGAAAACACCCCUCCUGGUGUUUCUGGAGGAUUUCAACACCUUUCUGCAGAAUGAUGCAUCCUAAAGUUGUUCAAAAUGGUGACGGACGGGAUCCGGUCAGUGUUUAGCACGUUGAGCUUGCAUUGCUUUCAGUGACUUCGAUAUGCCGACUCCACUCUCCCUUGCGGACAUGAAAAUCAAUGUGGCCUUUGGCUCCCUUGUGCUCCCGUAGACAAUCACUGCAAGAGAUCAAGGCCACAGUCCAGGGGGAAUGCUUGCGCAUGCAUCUGCCAUAGGGCAUGUCCACCUUCAUUGUUAAGGUAGGUUGCAAAGAAAUUAUUUGCGGGGUCAUUGCAGCCAGAAGGUGGCCUUGCAUGGGUAGACUUGGCUAUUUGGGUGCUCUGAGAAUCUCUGGGCUGGAACACUUUGCACAUCGCAGCAUGUGGUAGAAAACCAAGCAUGUCGUUGACUUGUCCAGGAAAGGAACCUGUGCAUCUGCCCUGGGGGAGAGAUGCAUAAUCUUCAGAUGUGCAUGGCACAUAAGAAGAGCCUGCUGGGUCAGGCCAAUAGCCCACCUAGUCUGCAGGAAACCCACAAGCAGGAUUGGAGCACAAAACCACUCCCUCCUCCUCCUGUGGUUUCCAGCAACUGAGAUUCAGAGGCAUCACUGCCUUCAACUGGAGGCAGAGCACAGCCUUGUGGCUAGUAGUCAUCAAUAGCCUUCCCCUCCACGAAUUUGCCUAAUCCUCUUUUAAAGCCAUCCAAGUUGGUGGCCAUCACUGGCCCCUGUAGGGACGAGUUCCAUAGUUUAACUGGGUGCUGCGUGAAGGACUUUAUUUCACCUGUCCCGAAUCUUCCAACAUUCAGAUAUGCGAGUCGGAAAAGAUUUAGUCAAAUUCAUGGAUGGUAAGUCAACCCAAAGCUAUCUGCCAUGGUAGCUAAAUGGAAUAUGGUCCGAGGCAGGAUAGUGCUGAGCUGUCCCAUAUGCUAGGAAACAACAGGUCCCCGAUCAUCUCCGUGGUCCCACUUUUGAGCUUCCCAGGGCCCUCAGGAUGUGCACUCUUGAAAACAGGAUGCUGGGCUAGACAGCCCCUUGGUUUGGUCGAUGCUCUUUUCUGGUUUCCUGCUGCCUAUGAUCAAAUUCAAAAGCAUCCUAAGGACAACUGUAUAUGGCUGCAACUCAAGCAACUUAAUCCAGAUUGGAAGUGCCCAAUCUGUCUCCAGGGCUGUGGUUUUCAGCAGUUACCAUGAGCUGAGAGUGGCCAGUGGAUACUCCCCUGCCUUUUGCUGCUUCAUCUCCCCACUCUUUUCUUUCCCCAGCUGCACAGCAACAGCUGCUCCAUCUGCAGGCAGAACAAAGCAGCCUUCUGUAAUAGCAAAGCCACCACUCGGGACUCUGCCUGGUCACAAACCUCUCCAGAAAUAGCCACUGUUUGGGUUUUCAGGGUGUAGUUGCAGUUCGGUCACAAGGCGGCCUUGUCAUUGCCCAAGAAGCUCCGGCACAAGGUCCAGCUGGUUGCCACAAUCUAGCUGAGCAGAAGUUCAUCUUGCUGGAAGAUGGGAGCACUCAGUCCAGUUGGAAGCUCUCUUGUGCAAACCUAGUGGAGGUGCAGAACAGCGCAACUUGUAACAAGGGUUUGCCAAGAGAACUUCCUGGCAGACUGCUCGGAAAGUAUAGAACAAAUGGGGUGAGUAAUACAGGGAGUAGGUUUGACUUGUUACAGAGCCUUGAAGGUGCCCCCAAAGUUUGGAAUAAAAAAAGCUUUUUAGAAAAAUGCAACACUUCUUUAGCGUUUAUUUGGUGGCAACGCUGGAAUAAUCUCAGAGGGAAAAUAAGUGCAUUUUGAUAGCUCCCAGUUUUGUUAAAGAUGAAUUUUGUUUUCCCAGUUUAAAAGAUUUUAAAACUAAGGGAACAAAUGAAUUUAAAAGUGUAAGUUAGGCCAGGGAUGUUUUAUUUUUAAAUACACAAAUCCUCUGUGCAUGAUUUAAAAGCAAAAUUCCAAAUCUGUGGUGUAUAUUUUAUUAUUGUAUGCUUGCCAUAUUUUAAGUGGAAGCAUUUCCUAUCCUGUGUGGAUAAAAGAUCUUUUUUCAUGUUGUAGUAAAUUAUUAUAAAGCCAAUGAUAUUUCAUGGCAUGUUAUUGUAUCAAGCUGUGCUUGUUUUUUUGUUUAAUUCCCCCCUUUUAUGGUUGUAUUGCUAUUAUUAAUGUAUGGAUAGUCCCUGUAAUGACGAAUGCCUCCUUUACACAGCAUUAACUGUAAUCAUGAAGACUCUUGAGCAGAAGAUCUUCCACUUAAACCAUUAUCGACAGUUGUAAACAGCAGUUGAGGGGUCUAUCUGUGGUGGAGAAAGAGGACAAUGGACUCAAUCCACUCUUAACUCUUUGGAGAAAGAGCAGAAAGAGCAUGGGGCUGUGCAGAACUCAGGUUUCAACCAUUUUCCAUUUGCCUGACAUUGUUUAGUUGCCAUGAGAGCAAUCGGAAUCAGCUCAAAACUAUUUUCAUGUUAAAGGUGGUGAAAUCUGUGAGAUAUCAGUGCUUAACUUUGGUUGGAUUGUGUCCAUGGACCUCAAACUCUGAUUAAUUUUCCAGGGACAAUUAAUGUUAUGUAACAGAGAGGUUGAACUGGCCAGUGUACUAUAUAGAGACAUAUAGUACUGUGUAUACAUUUUUUUGUUAAUAGAAAAUCCUGAGCUCAUAACAGCAAGUAUUCCAGAACUAGCCAUUUCUAAAGAGAGUUCUUUGUAUAACAAAAAGAAGAGUGGAAGCAGUUGGAUGAGACACCAUCUUUUCUGCAGCUUCAGGAAGAAUUAAAUCGCAAAAUGACUAACCACUUCACAUGUUCAAAUACCGUAGUUGAAUAAAUACUGAUAAAUCAUACUGGACCAAAUCUUGAGAAACUACUUUGGUUGAAUCUAUUUAUUCCUAGAUUCAAAAGCCAAGUGUAUAUGUCAUAUCAUUAACGGUGGCCAAUCUGCAAUUCUUGGAAGUCCCUGGAAGGAUGGAGAGGUUAGCAAAUAAUGGAGAUGAUGUAAGUCAGAAGAGAAGCUUUUCUCUGUAGAUGUGGCGACCUUUGGUGGAUGAGAGAAAUGUCUGUUCAGCAAGCAGAAGACUCUUGUUCUGUGCCCUUGGCUUAUUUGCAUGAAUUGUGUGGGGUUGUUGUUGUUUUUUAGAUACAGCCAUUACUCUCUUAAAUUUUGAUGUUAUUAAAGAACUAAUUUGA